AUGCUGGGAAUAGCUUGCGAUCCUCUCCAGCAUACGAGCAUGUAUGAGCGCGGCUCAGACGACAGCGAGGACAGUGAUGGCGAGGGAGGCCUGGGAAAUGUUUCCCGCGUGAUAAUCCGGCCUCCGGGCCAAAGUGGCAAGGCCAAGCGAGGCCACCUGUGCUUCGACGCCGCCUUCGAAACGGGCAACCUGGGCAAGGCCGAGUUGGUGGGCGAGUUCGAAUACGACCUCUUCCUCCGGCCGGACACCUGCAAUCCCCGCUUCCGGUUCUGGUUCAACUUCACGGUGGACAAUGUGAAGCAGGACCAGCGGGUGCUCUUCAACAUAGUCAACAUCAGCAAGAGCAGGAACCUCUUCGCCUCGGGCCUGACGCCGCUGGUGAAAAGCUCCAGCCGGCCCAAGUGGCAGCGACUGCCGAAGCGGCAGGUGUUUUUCUAUCGGUCCGCCAUGCACCAAGGACACUACGUCCUGAGUUUCGCCUUCAUUUUCGACAAGGAGGAGGAUGUCUAUCAGUUCUGCCUGGCCUGGCCCUAUAGCUACUCCCGCUUGCAGUCCUAUUUGAACGUGAUCGAUGCCAGGCAGGGAUCAGACAAGCGAUUCACCCGAUGCGUCCUCGUCAAGUCCUUGCAAAAUCGCAAUGUGGACUUACUGACCAUCGACCAUGUCACCCAGAAGCAACGCUCUACCAAUCGCUUGGAUCGCAGCUUUAUCCGCGUGAUUGUCAUCCUGUGCCGGAGCCACUCCAGUGAAGCCCCCGCCUCUCAUGUGUGCCAGGGCCUCAUUGAGUUCCUGGUGGGCAACCACCCCAUAGCUGCUGUUCUGAGAGACAACUUUGUCUUCAAAAUAGUGCCCAUGGUCAACCCGGACGGGGUGUUCCUGGGCAACAACCGCUGCAACCUGAUGGGCCAGGAUAUGAACCGAAACUGGCACAUCGGGUCGGAGUUCACGCAGCCGGAGUUGCAUGCAGUGAAGGGCAUGCUACGCGAGCUGGACAACUCAGAUACCUAUCAGAUAGACUUUGUGAUUGAUUUGCAUGCCAAUAGUAGCAUGCACGGCUGCUUCAUUUACGGCAACACCUACGAGGAUGUUUACAGGUACGAACGGCACCUCGUUUUUCCGCGUCUGUUCGCCAGCAAUGCUCCGGAUUAUGUGGCGGACCACACCAUGUUCAACGCGGAUGAGCGGAAGGCUGGGAGUGCCAGGAGGUUCAGCUGCGAGAGACUCAGUGACACGGUGAACGCCUACACCCUGGAGGUGUCCAUGGCGGGCCACUACCUCAAGGACGGCAAGACCGUCUCCCUUUACAACGAGGAUGGAUACUACCGGGUUGGCAGGAACCUGGCCAGGACCCUGCUGCAGUACUACCGCUUUAUCAACAUCCUGCCCAUGCCCAUUGUCACCGAAGUACGGGGCAAGAGGCGGGGUCGCAACCGCCACGCCCACCACUCGCGAUCCCGCUCGAAGACCCGCUACGAGGUGAAGCCACGCCCCAAGACGCCCCGUUGCCACGCCCCCAUCGCCUACACAAAUCUGAGCAUAUGCUAUGACUCCGGCGGAGGCGGGGGAUCCUCGGACGAGGGCGGGUUUUCGCCCGUGCGACCUAUUGCCCCGGGAAGUAGCUGCUUCAGUGGCUGUCGGAACUAUAGGAGGGCAGCGACGGCCAGCUCCUUUCUAACUCCUGGACACGAUCAGUAUUCCCCCUUCUCCCUGGGGGCUAUCAAGGCGGGAAGCGACCAGGGAGGCGGGGUGGGCGGUGCGAGGGGCAAGAAGUCGGCCACGGUAACUAUUGAACUGCCCACGCCUGUGAACGUUCCGCCCAAGCCCUACCUUUCCAUCAUCGAUCUGAACCAGCUGACCCGAGGAAGCCUUAAAUUAAAAUCGAACAGCUUUGACGCCGACAGGAGGUAGGACCAGGAAGGACAUCUCCACCCCCUUGCCCUUGAGUGAUGCUUUAACCUUUCUAGAUAUA